CAUAUUAUUCCACUGCUUCGCAAUCUUCAUGUGGGCCUGGCAGAAAGCUCAAGAGAAGAAGUCGCUGUGAACCAGCUGUCAUACGAAAACAGCUGUGCGAUCAGCGCCAGAACGGAUAAACAACAACACCACGUUUUCAUACGCUAGGCUUCCUCUGUGUCGGUGGGCAGGAUGGCGGGGGCAGAGGUCUACGGCCCUGCCAACCCCUCCUGCAAGAUCAUGACCUUCAGGCCGUCCAUGGAGGAGUUCCGAGAUUUCAACCAGUACCUGGCCCACAUGGAGGCGCAGGGAGCACAUCGAGCCGGCCUCGCUAAGGUGAUUCCUCCUAGGGGCUGGCGUCCAAGGCGGACCUAUGACGACAUCGAUGACCUGGUGAUCCAUGCUCCCAUUCAGCAGAUAGUGGCGGGUCAGUCGGGCCUCUUUACCCAGUACAACAUCCAGAAGAAAGCGCUCAGCGUCCAGGAGUUCAGACGCCUUGCUAACAGUGACAAAUACUGCACUCCUCGCUACCUGAACUAUGAAGACCUGGAGAGGAAGUACUGGAAGAACCUGACCUUUGUUCCGCCCAUAUAUGGAGCUGACGUUUCUGGAAGCCUCUAUGAUGAGGGUGUGGAUGAGUGGAACAUCGGGCACCUGAACUCCAUCCUGGAUGUGAUAGAGGAGGACUGUGGGGUCUCCAUACAGGGCGUCAACACACCCUACCUGUACUUCGGCAUGUGGAAGACCAGCUUCUCCUGGCACACCGAGGACAUGGACCUCUACAGCAUCAACUACCUCCACUUCGGAGAGCCCAAGUCCUGGUAUGCCGUUCCGCCUGAGCACGGGAAGAGGCUGGAGCGACUGGCCACAGGUUUUUUCCCAAACAGCUUUAAAGGUUGCGAAGCUUUUCUCCGUCACAAGAUGACCCUCAUCUCACCCUCCAUCCUCAAGAAGUACAGCAUCCCCUUCGACAAGACCACUCAGGAAGCAGGGGAGUUCAUGAUCACCUUUCCCUAUGGUUACCACGCUGGCUUCAACCACGGCUUCAACUGCGCCGAGUCGACCAACUUCGCCAGCGUUCGCUGGAUCGAUUAUGGCAAGGUGGCCACUCAGUGUUCCUGCAGUAAGGACAUGGUGAAGAUCAGCAUGGACCCCUUCGUGAAGCGCUUCCAGCCCGACCGCUACGCCGUGUGGAAGCUGGGGAAGGACCCCUGUCCUCUGGACCACACCCGGGCCACCCCCGCCACCACGCCAGAGCUGCAGAGCUGGCUGCAACGGAGACGCACCAAACCCCCCGGGAAGAGCGCACUGCCCCACCCCCGGACACGCUCCAAACGCCUCAGGACUAGCGAGGAGCCUGUGCCCCUGGCAGGGGGCUCCAUUCUGGGUGGAAGGAGAGGGCUCGGUGGCCCCCUCGGGCCCAAGGUCCGGAGAGGCUGCAGGCCCAGGGAAGAGGAGGAAGAGGAGGAAGAGCAGGCCGUGGAGGAGGGAGCGGAUCAGACCGAGAAUCCACUCCAGCUCCCUGGCCCCUGCAGGCAGAUGUGUGUGGUGAAGGUCAACCGGGUGGAGGUGGAACCUCCACGCCCGUCUCUCAUCCCCUACUCCGCCACGCAGCUGACCCCGAAACUCUCUCCGCCCUCCCCUUCCCCAAUGGACACAAUCAACCUGGGGGCCUCGCCCCGCCCACUUCCCACUGUCCCCACUAAUACCUCAUCGGAGACCGAGUUCAUUGAUGGGGCGCGUCAGAGGGCAGACCAUACAGACGCCUGUUCAGAAACGCCAGAACCCCUCGGAGGACCCAGUAUGACACCACUGGUGCCCUCAUCUCAGGGUGAUUCUGUGGUCCAGCCUCUUCCAUGCCUCUCACGGACUGGGUCAACUCCCCCCGAAACGUUGCCCCCGACAGGGGCUCAGGGUUGUACAGACUUGGCCUGUGGUUCUGGGGUUUUUUCAUCGGGUUCCUCUAAAACGGUGGAGGAGAAAUCCCCGGUUUUGACACGUAUUCCAGCCCCCAGCAUCAGGUAUGAACUGGACACGUGUCUCGGUGCUGAGGAAGAGCCAUCCGGCUCGACCACCACAACCACUAUAGCACGCUGCAACCAAACCUGUGCCGAAACGGGAGCACAUGCACUUUUUAAUGUGGACGUUAACACUAAUGCUGACCCUGAGGUCAAAGGUUGCGCCAACUACAAUUCUGUCCCAUCCGAGUUGUUCGGGUGUUUUGGGCAAAGCUGCCACCCUGCCAGAGAGUCUUCCUCCCUCCCCACGCCAACCCGUGUCCCGGCUGAAAGCUCCUCCCCUCCUCUCCUCCAGAGAAACAUGCCCCUCCUCACCCCCGAAGUAUCUGGAGAGGUGAGCUUCUGCCCCCCACUUCCGCCCGUCCUCACCCAGGAAAUGCCCUCGCUAACCCUCGCCGUUGGCGGAGGUCAUGCGGAGGUCAAAGGUCAGACACCCCCGUCCUCGAGCGCCCGACACAGUGGCUCUCCGGUGUCAGUGGACUUACGGGACUUGUCGGAGGGCCACCCUGUCGCCCCGGUGCUUGAACGUGAGACACUCACCGCCCACUCGCCGGAAACCGGUCCGGUGACACACACAGGUGGGGCGGAGUCGGUGGAGGAGGAGGAGGAGUUUCAGCCGUCACAUUACAGCAGCUGGUGUUUUGGUUCUGCUCCAGAAGAACACUUCAGACCAGCACUGGAGCCGCAGUUUGCGCCUAACGAGGCUAAUGGAACUCUCAAAGCUCAGCCCAAAAUGGCCGCUGCCCCCUCUGUAGAAAAACCACCGCUCCAAACUGUGUCGGAAGCAGCGCCGACCACAGGGAACCAGAGUGGUCUGCCUUCGGCUCUGCCCCCUGCUGGGAUUGAUAACCAAGUGGUCAGUGAGGAGACCCUGCUGCCAACAGCGCUGCACAGACCCUCAAACCCAACAGCUGCUGUAGCGUCAGACUCCAUCUCAGAGGACGCGUCAGCCUCAAGAGACACGGCACUCCGCCCUGAGUGUUUAGAUCCGGCCGGCACGGGUUCGGGUUCUGACCACAAUAGACAGAUCCAGCUGGGUGUUCUGAACUGCCACACAACACCAGGAAUACCACACCCGAACACCACGGACGAGCCACAGCACCCAUCCCCCGCCGAUGUUCGCACUUCCCAAAGCCUGGAUUCCAUUCGUCAUUCCCAACACAUGGAUGCCAUUUUCAGUUCUCGGAACAUGGAUCCGAUUUGUAGUUCCCAAAGCCUUUAUCUUGAACCCAAACCUUUCUCUGAUGGCAUCUGGAAGAACCUCAACUCCCAGAGUCCCGCAGUGCUCAUCGAGAGCCUCCACCACCCCGAGCUCCCUGCCGAUUUCACCCACGAUGCACUGCCCUACACCAUGUGGACUGAGCCACAGUGCAAAGAGGUCACAGACCUCGACCACGACACGGAGACGGACGACCAGGACCCAGAAAGACACCGGGACGGCCCGCUCACGUGGGCCCAGUUGGAGUCCACGUCCCUGGGGUCGGCCGGCAUCGGAGAACCCCUGGGUCUCUGCGGGGACUUUGAGCUCCAGAGAGGGGAGGUGGAGGCAGCGGAAUCCCUGGCCCUCUGCAGGGUGCUGGGGAUGGAGAGGGAGGGCGAGGGGGGUCUUGGACCAGACCCCCCUGGAUCACCCUUGGAGCAGGAGAGGGGGGUGAGAGGGGAGGAGAUGGGGGAUUCAGAUGAAGGGGGGCAGAGCAGCACGAGAGAGGAGAGUAGUAGUGACUCGUCGGAAGAGGAAGAGGAGGAGGAGGAGGAGGAGGAGGAAGAGGAGGAGGAUGAUCUGAGUGACUUUGAGUGUGGAGACUCUGGGCUGGAACCUGGAGAGGUUUGCACUUUCCCAGCUGCCCCCCUGGUAAAGAGAACUAGUAAGAGCUGGCGCCACCCUUUGAGGAAGCCCACCGCCCGAGCUGUACCCACUGCUGUGAAACAACAGACGGCCAGUGAUGAUGAACUACCGGAGGUGUCCGUGGUGGAUGGGGAGGAGCAGGAGGCGGAGCCGUGGGCUAAGCCACUCCUCUUCCUAUGGCAGAACAGAAGGUUUUACUUCACGGCGGAGAAAGAGUAUAACGCCAACGCGGCAACAAUACCACCGCACUGUGCCAUCUGUACGCUGUUCAUGCCGUACUACCAGUCCGAGGACCGAAGUGACGACCUCCACCCUGUCCCUCCCUCCUUGCCCGCCGCCAGGACACCGCUGAGGAGGACCAAGCCCCAGCUCCCCGAGAUCUGUUUCAGCUACCGGGAGGAGACGAGUCCCCCGACCCCCACUAACGUCCUGCUCCAGGAAGACGGGACCAGUGCCCUGCUGUCCUGUCAGGCCUGCUGCGUGCAGGUCCAUGCUAGUUGCUAUGGCGUUGCAGCUGAUGAUGUUGGCGAGGAGUGGUCAUGUGAUCGCUGUGUGGACGGAACCUUUACAGCUGAGUGUUGUUUGUGCAACCUGAGAGGUGGAGCUCUGAAGAGAACCACAGAUGACAGGUGGGCCCACGUCAUGUGUGCUGUGGCUCUGCCGGAGGUCCGCUUCCUGGACGAAGUCCGGAGGAGUCCCAUCGACAUCAGCAGAAUACCCCAGCAGAGAUACAAACUGAAGUGUAUCUACUGUCGUAAGCGGUGUGCGCGUCGUGGCCAGGGCGGGGCCUGUGCGCAGGGCGGGGCAUGUAUCCAGUGUUCGUGCGGCCGCUGUCCCACCUCCUUCCACGUCACCUGUGCCCACGCCGCUGGGGUCAGCAUGGAGCCAGAUGAUUGGCCCUAUGUGGUCUCAAUCACCUGCCAUAGGCACCAAUCACGGAGCUCGUCUGCUGUGAGUACUCAGAGCGGCUCCGCGUUGGUCCUUCCCCCCACAAAGCAGCAUACUGCCUGUCAGAAAGACAUCGUCCUGGGUCAGACAGUCAUUUCCAAACACAAAAACCUGAGGUAUUACAGCUCCAAGGUCACGCAGGUGACCUCACAGACCUUCUAUGAGGUCAUGUUCGACGACGGGUCCUUCAGCAACGACACCUAUCCUGAGGAUAUAGUGGCACCAGGCGUGACGUCCUCUCCUGUUCUCUGGUCUCAGAGCAGGGACUGCGUCAGACUGGGUUCCCCGGAGGUGGGAGAGGCUGUACAGGUCAAGUGGCCAGAUGGGUUGUUCUACGGGGCCAAGUACCUGGGCUCCAACACCUCCCACAUGUACCAGGUGGAGUUUGAGGAUGGUUCCCAGGUGUUGGCCAAGCGAGAGGAUGUCUACACACUUGACGAAGACCUUCCCAAAAAGGUGAAAGGAAGACUCUCAACUGCGUCCAGCAUGCGUUUCCAGGACGCCUUCUUCACAACCCAGGGAGAGAGGAAGAGGCAGAGAACCCCAAACUCGCGUUUCCAGAAAGACUAUGUGGCCCUGCCAGGCCACCGUACGGCAUCUGCCACCGCCCGAGGCACAUGGGAGCCCCGCAGCCCCAAAGGAAAAUAACGGAGAGAUGGGUGGAGGGAGGUGUGCCAGGGAGGUGUGCCAGGGAGGUGUGCCAGGGAGGUGUGCCAGGGAGGUGUGCCAGGGAGGCUAGAGAAUGGGAGUGUGCGCCGCGAUUGGAGGAUCAUUUUGAUUGGACGAUACUGUCCUGAUGGAACUCAGCCCACCUUGGUUCUUGAUGAUGGCCGAAGCGCUUUUACAUCAGUCAGGGAAUAACAAAUAAAAUAAACUAUAUUUGUCACAUGAUCACCUUUUUUAAAAAUCAAUGACAAACACAAACGAUUCUCUUUGUAUAUUACAAAAAACAAACUCCUGAGAUUUUGUUUUCUAAAGAAGACUAGGGUGCAACAGCUGUUUGGAAUCUAUUGUAUCGAUCUGAUAAUUAUUUUGAAUAUUAAUGCACUUUUGCUCGUUGUGGUACCUUGAUUCAGGUUGUCCCAAAUGACACCCUAUUCCCUAUAUAGUUACACUACUUUAAACCAGAGCCCUAUGGAGAGGAGAUGCCAUAUUCUCUGUAUUCACCAAGUGAAAGUAGUGCAUUAGACAGGGAUAAGGAUGCCAUUUGGGACGGAGCCUGUCUUUCCUCUUCGCAUGUUAGCUGUUGUCUGCUACUGCUUUUCCGCCGCCCAGUCUCAAUACUCUAAAACGGCUUCCUCUCCUUCUCUUUUCCCCCUCGUCUCCUAUUCUUCUUUAUCCUUCAUUUGUGCUGACUUGAAAGGACUGAAAGGGCGCAAGCAAACUCCCGGAAGGCACUUGCCAUCGCUUUAAUUUGUCCCGUCUUUCGAGAUCUGUGCUGAAUGAAAGGGAAGAUGAAGAGAGGAAGCCCAGAGUUCAUUGAGAGGCAGCAUCUCAGUCCCCUUAACAUGUGAAAGGUUUGCUACUGUCACCGUGUUGAAUAAAAACACAAUUGUUGAAUUAUUUAAUUUAAUAUUUGUAUUUAUUUUUGGGGGCUUGCUUUAAAAUAAGUAUUGCUAACUGCUGUAUGGACAAAAAAUAAAACAAUUUUUGCUUUUCUACCUG